AUGGGAUCAAACGACGAAUCAUCGUGGCGCCGCCUGAGCGUCGGUAUUGUUGGUGGUGGUAUUGGUGGUAUGGCAGCGGCCAUCUCGCUCCGUCGAGCAGGUCACGAUGUGACUAUCUAUGAGCGUCAUGAUUUCGCGGGUGAAGUUGGAGCAUCGAUUUCGUGCGCGGCGAAUGGAACUCGCUGGUUACACGAAUGGGGAGUCGAUGUUGCUAAGGGCGAUCCGGUCAUUCUGCGCAAGUUGAUCAACCGGGACUGGAAGACCGGAGAGCCUGUUAGUGUGUAUGAUUUGGGGGACUAUGAGAAGCGUUGGGGAUAUGUUUAUAACAUGUUCCAUCGGCAGUAUAUGCAUGCGAUGUUGAAGGACUGUGCUAUGCAGGAGGAGGGCCAGGGAACACCUGCGAAGCUGAAGGUCAAUUUUCAGUGCAAAGAUAUUGAUCUGAAUUCCGGAGUGAUCACCUUUGCCAACGGGGAGACUGCCCAGCAUGACUUGAUAGUUGGUGCUGAUGGAAUCGGCUCGGUUGUCCGUGGUGUUAUUGGUAUUCAUCCUGAAAGAAAGCCUGCAGCCUCCAGCUGUCUGCAUACUAAUGUAACGACGGAGGAGGCUGUUCGGCUGGGUCUGGUCGAUUACUCGAAGGACAGUGCGCUUGAGUACUGGGGUGGCCAGGAAGGCAAAUGGGAUAAGAUCGUGCUCUCGCCUUGUAACGGUGGUCGCUUGCUGUCGUACUAUUGUUUCUUCCCUCGCGAGAUGGGAGACUAUGCAAACCAGACCUGGGGUGGCGAAGACCGUCCCGUCGAGGAACUUCUCGCGCCUUAUCCUCAUCUCGAUCGCCAGGUCUUCUCGCACCUUGCAAUUGGCAAGGAAAUCAGACCAUGGCGUCUCUGGGUGCAUCAACCAUACCCAUAUAUCUCCCGCAACAUGGUUUGCCUUCUCGGUGAUGCAGGGCACCCGAUGAUGCCCCAUCAGAGCCAGGGUGCCUGCAUGGCAAUCGAAGACGCUGCGGCCUUGGGAAUUAUCUUCAGCAGGGCGCACUUCAAGGGCGAUGUCGCCGAUGCGCUGUCGAUCUACCAGGAAAUCCGAUUGCCCCGGGCCACCAAGGUUCAGUCAGCUUCGGCGAAGGCAGCAUAUAAUAUCAACGAGCGCAUUGGUUUCUCUAGCAAUACCGACACCGCCACCUAUAAGGUUGAGGAUGAGAAGAAGAAACUGACCAUUGAGGAGAUGAAUGCAUAUGACAUGCACAGAGACAUCGAGGAAGUUGUCGCCAUGCGAAGGGGGCUGCCGCACACAGACAAAUUCAUCAGAGGGCUACCAGUCGGCUUGAAGCUAGGAAACGGGGUAGUUGUCGGGGAGAAAGAGACUAGCUCAUUCCAGCCUCGGAUUUGA